GCCCCCUUUGGUAGGCGAAUGGGGGUGGCGGCGGCGGUGGGGAGCAACGGUCGUUGCCUCUGCAGUUGGCUGCGACGCACCGUCAUGCAGGUCGCCUCAGGUUCUCCUGCCAGCGAGGCCCUUCGGUGGCUGGGGACGUUCCGCUUUGACAACCGGGCCCUACGGGCUCUGCCGGUGGACCCUAGCGAGGAGAACGUGCCUCGGGCCGUGCGGGGCGCCUGCUUUUCCCGUGUGCGGCCUAGCCCCGUCCAGAAUUCGCGACUGGUCGCAGUGUCGCUGCCGGGGCUGGCGCUGCUGGGCGUGCGGGAGCCGCGCACGCCGCAGGAGGCGGCCGAGCUGGAGGCCGAGGCCGAGCUCUACUUCAGCGGCAACCGGACGCUGCCUGGCUCAGAGCCCGCCGCCCACUGUUACUGCGGCCACCAGUUCGGCUCGUUCGCUGGGCAGCUGGGCGACGGUGCCGCCAUGUACCUGGGCGAGGUGCUGAACCCGCGCGGCGAGCGCUGGGAGGUCCAGCUGAAGGGCGCCGGGCUCACCCCUUUCUCCCGGCAAGCUGAUGGUCGUAAAGUUCUGCGAUCAAGCAUAAGAGAAUUCCUUUGCAGUGAAGCAAUGUUUCAUCUGGGAAUACCCACAACCCGGGCAGGAACAUGUGUAACAUCUGAUUCAGAAGUUGUUCGUGAUAUAUUUUAUAAUGGAAAUCCAAAGAAAGAGAAGUGCACAAUUGUCCUGAGAAUAGCACCAACAUUUAUCAGGUUUGGAUCAUUUGAAAUUUUUAAGUCGCCUGAUGAAUAUACUGGACGAAAAGGUCCCAGUGUUGACAGAAAUGACAUUCGAAUACAAAUGCUUGAUUAUGUGAUCAGCACUUUUUAUCCAGAGAUUCUGCAAGCACACCCUGACGAUAAUAUUCAAAGGAAUGCAGCUUUUUUUCAGAGAGGUAGGUCAAGUGCUAUUGUGACCCUGCGGACAGCAAGGAUGGUUGCAGGAUGGCAGUGUGUUGGGUUUUGUCAUGGUGUGCUCAAUACUGAUAAUAUGAGCAUUGUUGGUCUUACAAUUGACUAUGGACCUUUUGGAUUUAUGGACAGAUAUGAUCCUGAAUAUAUUUGCAAUGGGUCUGAUAACACUGGGCGUUAUGCUUAUAAUAAGCAAAACUGCAGAUCCUAAAAAAAAUGGAAUCUCGGGAAACUGGCUGAAGCUUUAGUUCCAGAAUUACCCUUGGAUAUCAGUAUGUCCAUUCUGGAAAAAGAAUACAGUUCAGAAUUUGAGGCAUAUUAUAUUAAGACAAUGAGAAAGAAGCUAGGAUUCAUUCAGCUCCAGUUGGAAGGUGAUAAUAAACUGAUAUCUGACUUCCUAGAAACUAUGCAUGUUACAGGGGCAGAUUUUACAAACACUUUCCGCUUGCUUAGUUCUUUCUCAGUAGACUCUGAUCCUUCAGCACUGGAAGACUUCUUAGAUAAGAUUUCAAAGCAGUGUGCCUCUAUAGAAGAACUGAAAGUUGCUUACAAGCCUCAAAUGGAUCCCAGACAACUUUCAAUGAUGCUGAUGUUAGCACAGUCUAACCCACAGCUCUUUGCCUUGAUUGGAACAAAAUCCAACAUAAACAAAGAAUUGGAACGCAUAGAGCAGUUCUCUAAACUACAGCAAUUAACAGCAGCUGAAUUGCUCAGCAGAAAUAAAGAACAUUGGAAAGAUUGGCUGCUGAAAUACAGAGUUCGACUAGAAAAAGAAUUAGAACACAUUAGUGAUGCUGGUGCUUGGAAUGCUGAACGUGUGAAGGUUAUGAGUUUGAACAAUCCAAAAUACAUCUUGAGAAAUUACAUUGCUCAAAAUGCUAUAGAGGCAGCAGAAAAUGGUGAUUUUUCAGAGGUACAAAAAGUCUUGAAGCUUUUGGAAAGACCAUACGAAGACGCAGAAUGUUGUGAGGAACCUGCAGAGGAAGAAGCUGUUGCUGCUACCUGCAGUUCUGUCACUAGCAGCAGACUUCCAUACAGUAGUAAACCGCCCCUUUGGGCUUCUGAGCUCUGUGUCACAUGAUCUUCGUAAAUGCCUCGUAGUGUUUUCCACAGAGAGGUCUUGAUCUUCCUAUGAGUGGAGAAUGCUACAAGGCACAAUAAAAGUGCUGUUAAGUCACAGACAGAUUGUUUGGAUGUCUUCGCAGUCUCACCUUAACCAUAUUCAUGUUAUGAAAUGUGACAAAUCGCUUGUUCCAUACACACUAUUAAGGCUUUGGGGGCAGACUAUGGUUCUGUCUCCUCUCCAUAGUAUCACAGUGCUAUUGUAUUUCAUCUGUUUUUUAUUUCAUUAGAUUUAAUAUACCACCUCUCUUUGAACAUCCAAGUGACAUCUGUGUUAGUGAAGACAAAAAUAGAAAUCCAAAUAUUGGAUAUAUUUUUGUCUGAAGGUGAACUAAUGGUACUUACUAACCAAGUUGAUAAUGCUUUUAUUAUGCAGGGAUAUUGGAUUCUCUCUUGAUGGAGAGGGUUUCAGCUUGUUGCUUAUUUUGGACUGUGUUUCAUUUAACUGAAUAGUUCAUUUAUUGUGAACACUUUUGAAUUUGUAUCAUGUUUUUAGAAACACUGUCACGGGGCUCUGAGGAAAACACAGCAAUAAUGUGCAUUGUGAAAGCGGAUGCAGGUGACCUAAGAAAAUUAGAUUUUCUCUGUCUCUCUCUUAUGCAUAGAGCCUUGAUCCUGCUAAAAUGUCAUCCAUAUGGAAGCAAGGGGUAUGCAUCUCUGUUUGGAUAAAGAGAUAGAUGUACAAACUGGUACUGUGCUUGUGGUUCAGGAUUGCAUCUAAGCUUCUGGAGCUGCAAGUGCAGUUUAUUUAAGCAAAUGAGAGAGUAGUGAAGACAGUCCCCUGGAAGAUGCUCACUACUAAUAGUGCCAGUUAUUUCUUGAGAACUAUCAAGCCUCUUUUUUCUUGUUCCAGUAGGUGAUCCAUACAGACACCAGACUGUAUUGUUAUGGAUGUAACUUUAAGCAAGACUGUUCCAGCAGGAUAAUUUUAACAGAAAUGCAUAUUAUUUGUUCUUCAUGCUCACAUACUACGUGCUUUCUUACUUGCAUCUUCAUAUACUUUAUUCCUGUGUAUCAACUUUUCUACCUCUAAAAAGUCUUCCAUGCGCCAAACUGUUCGCUAAUGCUGGCAGUUGCUGGAUCCUAUUUUAAUAACAUUUGAAUUUUAAAAACAUAGAUGGAAUGAAUUGUAUCUCAAAGAGAAAUUUAAGUGUCAGUGCCCAGGCUGAGUGGUUGAUGACUUUGGCUAUUAUCCUAAGUAGUUUCCUAUUAAAAUCAAUGGGACUUGGACGACGUAACCAAAUAAUUUCAUUAAUUUGGACAUCUUGAUACGGUGGUAAACCUCCAAUGUUGUAAGUUGUGUGUUAAUGAAAGUGAACAUUCAAGAACUGAGGAACUCAGCAUAUUGAAUGAGCAUGAGGAUGGUGACAUAGUAUACAAGAGAAAUAUUUGCAAAGAACCCAACUUUGGAUUUAUUCAUUUCUCACUUUAAUUAGCAAGUCUCUGUCAUGGCUUUCAAUGAUCUUGUGUACAUAGGUUUCUAAAAACAUGCCCAGGGCAAGUAAUGGGAAUGGAGUUUCUGCUCCUCGCAAUAUAACUUGAACUAACCUUUGUCUGGAUUUGCAAUAAAAAAAACGUUAUGUGCAAUUUUUAAGUAUGGCACUUUAGUAUUGAUGAUAUUGCUUUUCUCAUUCUGCAUUCAAGAGCAAUGUCUGGCAAUUGUUUUGUUGAAAACAAAUGAAUGUAACCACUUUCAUAUUAAUAGCUGUGCUUUUUGAGUAAAAGAAUCAAUAUUA